AUGUUGGAGAAGCAGGAGAUGGUCGAGAAAGAUAAAAGGAACGGUGCUUUUCGUGCGUCAAAUGACCGAAUUUCCACCACGCCUAUCGAUCAUGGCACCCAGAUCCUAUACCAGGUGGCUCUCAACAAAAGUGGGAUAAAGCUUCAUCCACAGCCUACAUCAGACUCAUUGGACCCAUUGAACUGGUCCAGCCUUCAAAAACACACUAUAUUGGCCAUUGUCAUGUUCAAAUAUUUCUUGUUCACAUAUCUUACCACGACGACUGUUCCAUCCUUCACCGAAAUCCAGGAUCAAUAUCAAAUCAGCUACUCGCAGGUAAACUGGACUGUCGCAAUCCCGGCUUUAGGGCUAUCCGUUGGUCCACUUCUAUGGUCUUCACUUGGUGACAUAUAUGGUCGUCGGGCGGUUUUCUUGACCGGGACACUCAUAGCCUUGGUGUCAACUAUCGGUGCAGCUGCCGCCGAUAACUAUUCGGGCUAUAUGGCGGCUCGUUUCUUCCAAGGAUUUGGUGUGAGCCCGGCAUCUACCGUCGGAAUGGCUGUUGUCAACGAUCUAUUCUUUGACUACGAGCGUGGUCAGAAACUCGGUUUAUGGGUAUUAGCAAUAGAUGCUGGAUUACUUCUUGGACCUACUUUGGGCGGCUUCCUAGAUCUCGUUAGUGCCGCAUGGAUCAACUGGUUCAACGCAAUUCUGUUCGCUGCAUUAUUGUUACUCGAACUCUUUUGCAUGCCAGAGACUCUUUAUCCGCGAAACAAGAUGCUCCAACAAAUGCCUCAUCUCGAUGGUCACAAAGGUCUCCCUACUGAUGUUGAAAAACAAUCCGUUAGAGAUAACACAGUGGUGUCCACACUCCCACCAUCGCCGGAAGUUCUACAGUCAGACCUACGACGAACGAAAAACCUUCCAUUCAUCAACUGGCGCCCAGUGCCAGGCAUGCGUCACCCCAAGCCAUGGGAUUCAAUAACUCGCUUUGUGCUCACCUUCCAGCAACCUGCGGUUGUAUUGGCUAUACUCGGAUACAGUUUUUCUUGGUACUGGUGGGUUCUGUCUGUUAUCACUAUGGUGCCAGCAGCAUAUGCACAAUACACACCUCUCAUUCAGGGAUUGUUGUUCCUUGGCUUGCUGCUCGGCACGGUAGUUGCGGAGGUUGGCUGCUCUGGUCGCUUAAGUGAUUACAUUGUCGAAAGACUGUCAAAGAGGAAUGGCAACGUUCGUGUGCCAGAGAUGCGCUUGUGGUUGGCGUAUCCGGCUAUACUGAUCACGACUGUGGGAUUGAUUGUAUGGGGAGUUAGCAUUGACAAGAACUACCAUUGGAUGGUAGGCCAAGUGGCAUUCUUCUUGUUCGCAGCAGGUAUUCAAAUUGGCAAUACUGUGACCAGCAGCUACGUUGUAGACUGCUAUCCUCUACAAACAACGAGUGUGAUUACCUUCUAUGCCGUCUUCCUCAACCUCAGUGCUUUCAUAAAUCCAUUCUUCAUUGCGAAUUGGCAAGCUUCUUCCGGCUGGACCUGGACGUUCACUGCAGAAGGCCUUAUUGUGCUCGUGGGUGGAUGUAUAGUAUUCGGCGUCUUGCACAAAUUUGGUGCUUGGAUGCGAGCAAAGGCACCACAGCCAUCAUGGGUGAACCCAGAGUUUGAUAUGGAUGCUUGA